AAUACCUACCGAGGAGCAGAGACGAAAAGGAAUACCUUUAUUUGCUUUUUUUUUACUUCUCAUUUUGGCAAAGACCAUUUUGGAUAAUUUGUUGAAAACCAUCACUAGAAAACGAUCAUCUGCAUAAUUUGUUUACCCCUUCUCCUUUUUUUCCUUGAGAGUGACGGACUUCUAAGUGCAUCAUUAUGUUGAAUAAUAUGGAUUUGAAUGCGAAAGAUUCUUUUUACCCACAAUUUGAGAAUUGCAACAGUUCUUCAUUGGGAAUGGAAAACAAUGUGCGAAAAGAUAACCAGGAGGUGUAUAUCGAAGCGGAGCGGGGGGUACCUGCCCAGUUUGGCCACGAAGGAACUCCUGCAACCCUCAAAACCGAGGCUUCCAACUCAGAAUUUGCCUUUAACCCCUGCGAGUGUCCAAAAGAAACCUACACCCCCUCCUCGCUCGCCUACUCCGGCAGUUUCUAUGUUGAGGCAUCUCAGGGAGCGCCGUGCAGCACCGAAACACUCCUCAAUAUGAUAACUGAGAUCGUGGGCAUAUCUACAGUUCCACUUUCAGAAGUGCAACAGAAUGGCAACAGUCGGGAAAUUUAUCCAUCACCCGCGCCCCUGGAGAGCAGUAAUGGGAAUUUUGGAGACUCUGUUGUCAAGAGGCAAUCGUACACCUGCCCAGGAACUAAUCCUCCAGUGUAUUCUCCGGAUCAGACCUGCCCGGGGUAUACGGAGGAUCAAGCUGGUAGCCAGGCCCAAGACCCCUCCACUUCCAACCUCAACUUUGGCUCCUCAGGAGCUCCAAACCAGAAAAAGGCUGAACCAAAGUCAGAGGCCGCUUCUUUUCCUGUUGUGGUCAAGAAUGAGUUUGAAAGCAGCUGCUAUGAGUGGGGGACAUUCAAUAAGUCAGACUGUUUGGAGACGAGUUUCCAGACAGAAACCUUCCCGAUGUCAAGUGAUUUCCCCCCUGACCAGCAGAUGGAUGUAAAGGACCUUUUAGACACAUUCCCACCAAUUUGUCCCAGCGCAGAGAUGGAAUUUAAAGUGGAAGGGGGGAUCAAGCAGGAACCAUGUUUCUCUGACACCUGUUCUCAGAGCUACUCUAGUCCCCUGUACAACAAUUACCUCCAAGCACCGCCGGUGGGCCUCUCUAACAUGAAACCCUUCCCUGAGCCCCCACAGCCAUCUAAUCAGUGCGAUACUUUAUACACAUCACCAGCUUUACCGAGCACCAUAGACUCCAUCCUGUAUUCUUCCUUGUUGCCUGAUUCUUUUCCACAAAGUUACAGCAACCGCGCGACGAAGCCCCCCAGAGCCAGAAAGAGCCCCGCUACCUCUCACGGCCCAGCCAAAGAAAAACCCUUCACCUGCCCCAUGGAGAGCUGCGACCGGCGCUUCUCGCGCUCGGACGAGCUCAACCGACACAUUCGCAUCCACACGGGCCACAAACCUUUCCAGUGCCGCAUCUGUUUGCGCAGCUUCAGCCGUAGCGACCACCUUACCACCCAUACCAGGACUCACACGGGGGAGAAGCCGUUCUCUUGCGACGUGUGCGGCAAACGGUUCGCCCGCAGUGAUGAGAGAAAACGGCAUGGACGCGUGCAUUUGAAACAAAAGGAGAAAAUGGAAAUUAAGCCACAGGUGACCACCAGCACAUGGCCAUUCACUCUCCCCGAGGGGAUAUGAAGGCGCAGCUGUGUGUCCAUACACGUAUAAGGGCCUAUUGGGAUCUUUCCGUCUUGGAAGAUAAGCCAGCUGAACACAAGUUAAUGUCUGGGUUGGUUUUGCCUGGCAAGCCAAUGCCUAACUUAAAAAAAGGUUAGGCGAGUGUAAGAGUUUAUAAGAUGAGAGCGGAAAAGAGGACUGCUUUUACCUUAUUGCCUGUUGCCGCUGACUUUAUGCAACCACGCAUAAGUUGUAAAAGUCGGCAAAGAGCUCAACAGUGACUUGAUGCUGUUACUUUGAGUGGAGCCUAACCCCUCUCCGCAUUGCAUGACUGCUGUUCAGCACCACUUUAUUUGGACAGUUCCGACCUCCAUUCGCCUCUGAGCAUGAAUGGAUUGCACUUAAAGAUUAUUAUUAUCUCCAUUUAAGAUUCUUAUUUUCUGCUUUUAGCAAUCUUAGAGCAAUGGUUUGGACUAUGUUUCUUAAAAUGCAUGUUUAUGUCAGUUUUUUUUCUUCCUUUAACUGGAAAAUCAACCACUGUCAAGGUUCUCCUUUGCUUCACAGUGAAGGUCUUUUUUCUUUUUCUUUUUUACACGAAUGUAGGCUAACAUAUUUAUGGCUUUGACCAUGAAGCUGCCCAUCUUUGAUCAGUUUAGUGUUUGUUUAUCUUCUUAUCAUUUUGCUGUCAGUGUUUUUUGUCAUUGGUCUUUGUGUUGUGUUACAAUUGUUUGAAUUAUUACAGUUGUGAAAGGUAUAUCAUAAAUGGGAAAUAAAUAUAUUUGUAUUACUGUACUUCUUUGUAUUUUUAUAGAUAACUGUAUAUUUUACAAUGGUGAUAUUCUGAUGUCCUUUCUAAGGUGAAAUGUAUUCUCAACCAUAAAUAAUGUCUUGGUUUUUUGAGGGCUACUGUUUAGUAAAAAACACAAUAUUUUAAAUGUGACAAUUUGAUAUUGGAAGCAUUUUCGUAAGUCAUCCCAUUGCUGGUAUGAUGAGAAUUGUUUCAUUGAAUUGUAGAUCUAGAUUUAAAAAGGAAAUGUACUCUUGUUGUGGUACAGAUUUUCAACAAAAGUUGUUUUACAGUUUGUACAGAAGUAUGUUAAACUGAGCUAGAAAUACUAGCAAAUCAUUUAAACAUUGCUUUUAAGUAAUCAGGUAGCACACAUUGCUGCGAGUUUCUGUAAACUUUACCUUGGAGAUGAAAGAGUUUUGACUUCUGGUAUCUUUUGCUGGAGGUAGAAAUGUUCACUUUAG